AUGAGACCAACCAUUUUACCCCUACUCACCAAGCUGUACAGCCAACCUCAAAAAUCUAGUGGUAACACUUCAGUGAAUAGUCUAAAGUCUGAAAAACCCCCGAUUAAAUCGGAAGAAAUGUAUGGUAUCAUGGAGCAGAAGUUGCGACAUGUAUGUGACAAGAGAGCUGGUGGUAACUUUCUCAAUAUAUCUUCUGUAGACAUUCUUGCUGACUUGACUCACACCCAGGAGGAAAUAGACACUGUCAGUAAGUCAACAGUGAAACAAUGGAAAUCGAAGGAAUGGUAUAAACACAAAUCAGGCUUCAUCACUGGAUCCAUAGCACAACAAUCUCUGAAUAUGCAGAACAGUUUGGAUAAAGGGUUAGGAAGAAAGGUAUCAUCAUUAGUUAAAAAAUAA